UUGGGCUUGUAUGUGGUGAUAUUAAAUUGCACUUAAACAUUUGACCUUUGAACUCCCUUACCGUGCAGGCCGCGCACGCGCAAUACCGCUGGACAGAUUAAUAUGGAGACCAGCGGCUCCGACGUUCCCGGACGGAUGAGAUUCUCUUCCUCAGCGUGGUCUCGGUCCUCAGUGUCACAGUGCAGGAGGCACCAUUCACUGUACCCUCUCCCUCAUUUUUGAUCCACCCGCUUAAGCAGAUUGAUGGCUGCUGCACUGACAAUAACAGUGAAGAUGAGGGUGACGGACCAAUCUGCGUUUGGUUUCUCCAAUGCCGAGGAGACCACGGUGUGAUCACCGAUUUCAGCGGACGAGACUGGAAAAAGUGCGACUGAAUCACCGCUUCACUUGGAUGGAAAGUUCAGGACCGUGGAUUGGGGGCGUGGACAAGGGCCUCUGCCCCUUCCCUCAGUCCAGACGAAGGGUUCCGGCCCGAAACAUUGACUCAUUGUUUCCACUGAUGCUGCCCGACCUGCUGAGUUCCUCCAGCGUGUUGAGAUGAAGAAGCAUUUCAUUCCAGCUGGAAAUAGGUUUUGUGUCUGAAAUAGAGUUUUCGUCUGUAACUCGGUGUAAUCCACUGGAACCGGGAUGCUGAGAACUCAACAGCAUUGGUUCAUUAGAGAUCAGUUCUUCAACUGCAUUGACUGUGUGAGGGAUUCACUACGUCUGACAUCUGACUUCACAAAUUGUCAGAGAAUUGAAAGCAAGGAGAUAUCAUUCACCUGCUCUCAGUGAGGGAAAGGAUUCUCUCAUGCAGCCGAUCCCCAGACACAACAGUGAGGCCAUUUACCUGCUCAGACUGGGAAGGGAUUCAAUCAGUCAUCUGACCUACUGGCACACCGGUCAGUUCACAUUGGGGAGAUGUCUCUUACCUGCUUAGACUGUGGGAAGGGAUUUACUCGGUCAUCUGACCUGAAGGAACAUCAGCGAAUUCACACUGGGGAGAGGCCGUUCACCUGCUCAGACUGCGGAAUGAGAUUUACUCGGUCAUCUCAACUGAAGGAACAUCAGCGAGUUCACACUGGGGAGAGGCCGUUCACCUGCUCAGACUGUGGGAAGAGGUUUCGUCGGUCAUCUCAAAUGAAGGAACAUCAGCGAGUUCACACUGGGGAGAGGCCGUUCAUCUGCUCAGACUGUGGCAAGGCAUUUACUCGGUUAUCUCAACUGAAGGAACAUCAGCCAGUUCACACUGGGGAGCGGCCGUUCAUCUGUUCAGACUGUGGGAAGGGAUUUCCUCGGUCAUCUCAACUAUUGGAACACCAGUCAGUUCACACUGGGGAGAUGCCAUUCACAUGUUCACACUGUGGGAAGGGAUUCACUCGAUCAUUCAGCUUACAGAGACACCAAUCUGUUCACACUGGGGAGAGGCCAUUCGUGUGUUCCAUGUGUGGGAAGGGAUUUACUCGGUUAUCUGACCUACUGGCACAUCAGUCACUUCACACUGGGGAGACACCGUUCACCUGCUCAGACUGUGGGAAAGGAUUCACUCGGUCAUUUCACCUGAAGGAACAUCGGCGACUUCACACUGGAGAGAGACCGUUCAUCUGCUCAGACUGUGGGAAGGGAUUCACUAAGUUAUCCCACCUACAAACACACCAGCGAGUCCAUAAUGUGGAGAGGCCAUUCACCUGCUCAGACUGUGGAAAGGGAUUUACUCAGUCAUCUCAACUAUUAGGACACCAGCGAGUUCACACUGGGGAGAGGCCGUUUACCUGCUCAGACUGUGGGAAGGGAUUCACUCGGUCAUCUCAACUGAAGGUACAUCAGCGAAUUCACACUGGGGAGAAGCCAUUUACCUGCUCAGACUGUGGGAAGGGAUUCACGCGGUUAUCUCAACUGAAGGUACAUCAGCGAGUUCACACUGGGGAGAGGCCAUUCGUGUGUUCAGUGUGUGGGAAGGAAUUCACUCGGUCUUUCAGUCUACAGAGACACCAGCGAGUUCACACUGGGAGAGAGGCCGUUCACCAGCUUUGACUGUGAGAAGGGUUCACUCAGUCAUGUAGCCUGCAGAAACACCAGUGAGUUCACACUGGGAGAGAGGCCACUCACCUGUUCUCUGUAUGGGAGGGGUUUACACAAUCAUGCAACCUCCAGAGACACCGGCAAGUUGACACUGGAGAGAGGCAUUUCACCUGCUCAGAGUGUGGGAAGGGCGCCACUGGAUCAACUAAUCUACUGGCACACCAGUCAGCUCACACUGGGGAGAAACUGUUUAUCUGUCAGACUGUGGGAAGGGAUUCACUCAGCCAUUUCAGCCUACUGACACAUCAGCGAGUUCACACUGGGGAGAGACCAUUCACCAGUUCUGAGUGUGGAAAGUGAUUCACUCGGUCAUCUCACAUUGUGACACACUAUUCAGUUCACACUGGGGAAAAAGUUUAAAUGGGCUGCAUGUUGGAUAUUUAACCACUGAGAUUGCUGAAUCCAGGGGCAAGUUCAAAAGUGACUGUUGGUGUUAAACUCUGCAAUUAUUGCUGCUGCUCAUCAUACCCAGUUCUACACCCUGGUCACUGAGCCUGGGAGGAGUUCCUUCUGCCGAUGUUCACUACUAUGACUGGAGUUUACUAUGCUGGGUCUGUGACGAAUAAAUCAGUUCUAUUUUAAACUCUGUCUCAGGUACUUAGUGAACCCACAAUACACCCAGUGUACAGUAGGGAGUCAACUGAGCCCAGCUGAUCCCUGCCAGAGUUUCUGUUCCGUAACAGUCCUUUACAUCCAUCCCUGCCAUUCACCUCUGGCUCUCCCUAUGGAGAUGGGUUCCAAACAGUCACCACUCUGUGGGUGAAGAGGUUUCCCUUGAAAUUCCUGCAUGACUUUCUGCAGAUUGAAGGAGACGAAUUGGCUGCAGUCAUGUCUGGCUUGUUCUUCAUCCUUUGAAUAUCUGGGGAAGGAGGAAUGACAUUGGUAGAUAAUGUCCUUUUUCCCUGUUCAUUUCAACGAUAUAGGCCACUUUCACUGCUUCUAAAGGGCUUUUUCACACAGCUGGGUUGUUAGAAUACACACUGCCCUCUAAAGUCUGAAAGUAGAAUGGGGUCCGAUAGUUCACUGGAACAUGGUCAGAAACCAGAGACAGGUCAGCAGAAAAUGGAGUUUGGGGCUCUGGACCGUGGUAGGGUUAAGAACACGUGAUGAGGAACAGGGAAACAGAGCAGGGGUGUGGCAACAAAUGGCAGGGUAGCAAUACUUGGAAGCUAAUUGACAGAGGAAAAACAUUAGGUUGACUUUAACUGUUGAUACACUAUGUUGACAUUGAGUAUAUUGCUUGUGGGAGCUUGCUAUGUUAAACUGACUAAUGAGUUCUCAUAAAAAUAUCGACUUGAUUGCUGACAUUUGGCAUAGAGGAGGCGAUGCUUGUAAGUACUUUCAAGACGUUAUUCUUACCCAGAAAUCUGAGUUUUAGAAUGUACUAUCACUGUGAAUUGAGUGUGCAUGUGCUGAGUCUGUUGGAUCUGACUGUUUAAUUGUCAUUUUCUUUGCAGUUUUACAUUAGUUAUCUGCUUGUAUUUUAAGUAGCCUUUGUAUACAUAAUAGUUUAAUAUGCCUGUACAAAUUACAAUUCUGGGACUUAUUUGCACUUCAUUUAAUAAGUAAGUAUUUCCUCAUUGGUUAAUUUGUACUGCAAUAUUGACUAAGUACUUUCUUAUUAGAUUAUUGUUGUCAUAGAUUUGAGUGGAAAUUUUUAUUUGUGUAUGAAAGUAGCUGUGUUAUACAAGGUGCCAUCUUUAGUUUCUCUUGCUUCUUCACGUCAUAGGCCCCUGUCACUGAUCUGUUCCUGUUCUAUCAUCUUUUAAUAAAACAAUC